GUAAGGCUCCAAGACAAAAUUGGGUGUUUAAAUGCACAUGCACUGCCAACAUGCUUUGCCCUUUCUUGAGAGGAAGUAGCUGUAGAGAUGAAGGAGGCUCUUUAAAAUACAGCUUGACUAAUAUCUUUGGCAUUGGUUUUCCUAUUCCAGUUAUGGACAUCUGACUGCGUAGCAUGGCACCUGCAAUGAACUGUAAAUCCAUCUUUGCUUCCAAGAUCCGCUACCUACAGGAAUACCAUAACCGCGUUCUUCACAAUAUUUAUCCUGUGCCCUCUGGAACUGACAUUGCAAACACUCUGAAAUACUUUUCUCAGACUUUGUUGAGCAUUUUGUCCCGCACAGGGAAGAAGGAGAAUCAAGAUGCCUCCAAUUUGACAGUGCCCAUGACCAUGUGUCUUUUUCCUGUGCCAUUCCCACUCACCCCAUCUCUAAGACCACAGGUCAGUUCCAUCAACCCUACUGUUACUCGCUCCCUCCUUUACAGCGUCCUGCGAGAUGCUCCAUCUGAACGCGGCCAGCAAAGUCGUGAUGCUCAGUUAUCAGACUACCCAUCAUUGGACUAUCAAGGACUUUACGUGACAUUGGUGACUCUGCUGGAUCUAGUUCCUUUGCUACAGCAUGGUCAGCAUGAUCUUGGACAGUCAAUUUUUUACACAACCACAUGUUUGCUUCCUUUUCUGAAUGAUGACAUCCUGAGUACUUUGCCUUAUACAAUGAUUUCAACAUUAGCUACCUUCCCACCAUUUCUGCACAAGGAUAUCAUAGAGUAUCUCAGUACAUCUUUUCUGCCUAUGGCUAUAUUGGGAUCUUCAAAGAGAGAAGGUGUGCCUGCACACGUCAAUCUAUCUGCAUCUUCAAUGCUAAUGAUUGCAAUGCAGUACACAUCAAAUCCUGUGUAUCAUUGUCAAUUACUGGAAUGCCUCAUGAAAUAUAAACAAGAAGUAUGGAAAGACUUGCUGUAUGUAAUAGCUUAUGGUCCUUCUCAAGUAAAACCUCCGGCAGUACAAAUGUUAUUCCACUACUGGCCCAAUUUAAAACCGCCUGGGGCAAUAAGUGAGUACAGAGGAUUGCAGUACACAGCCUGGAAUCCCAUCCAUUGUCAGCACAUUGAAUGCCAUAAUGCAAUUAACAAACCAGCGGUGAAGAUGUGUAUAGAACCUUCCUUGUCUGUGGCUUUGGGAGAUAAGCCACCCCCACUUUACCUGUGUGAAGAAUGCAGCCAGAGGAUUGCAGGGGACCACAGUGAAUGGUUGGUUGAUGUCCUUCUGCCACAAGCUGAAAUUUCUGCUAUAUGUCAAAAGAAGAACUGUAGCUCACAUGUCAGAAGGGCCGUCGUCACCUGCUUCUCAGCAGGCUGCUGUGGCCGCCAUGGUAACAGGCCAGUGCGCUACUGCAAAAGAUGCCAUUCGAACCAUCACAGCAGUGAAGUUGGGGCAGCAGCAGAGACCCACCUCUACCAGACGUCUCCUCCCCCAAUCAAUACACGAGAGUGUGGGGCUGAGGAACUAGUUUGUACAGUGGAAGCUGUGAUCAGCUUGCUGAAAGAGGCAGAGUUCCAUGCUGAGCAGAGGGAGUAUGAACUCAACCGUAGGAGGCAGAUGGGCCUCUCCUCCUCCCAUCAUUCUUUAGACAACACUGACUUUGAUAACAAAGAUGAUGAUAAGCAUGACCAGCGCCUCUUGAGCCAGUUUGGAAUCUGGUUCUUGGUGAGCCUUUGUACUCCCAGUGAAAAUACUCCCACAGAGAGCUUAGCUCGACUGGUUAGUAUGGUCUUCCAGUGGUUUCAUUCCACAGCUUAUAUGAUGGAUGAUGAAGUUGGUAGCUUGGUGGAAAAACUCAAACCUCAGUUUGUCACCAAAUGGCUGAAGACAGUUUGUGAUGUUCGAUUUGAUGUCAUGGUUAUGUGCCUACUUCCUAAACCAAUGGAGUUUGCCAGGGUUGGUGGCUAUUGGGACAAAUCCUGUAGCACUGUGACACAAUUAAAGGAAGGUCUGAAUCGCAUCCUCUGCCUGAUUCCAUACAAUAUAAUAAACCAGCCAGUGUGGGAAUGUAUUAUGCCAGAAUGGCUUGAAGCCAUUAGAACAGAAGUGCCUGAUAAUCAACUGAAAGAGUUCAGGGAAGUAUUAAGCAAAAUGUUUGAUAUUGAGCUUUGCCCACUCCCUUUUUCAAUGGAGGAGAUGUUUGGAUUCAUUAGUUGUCGAUUCACGGGAUAUCCUUCCUCCGUGCAAGAGCAAGCUUUGCUCUGGUUGCAUGUGUUAUCUGAGUUAGACAUUGUGGUUCCUCUUCAGCUACUGAUCAGUAUGUUUUCCGAUGGAGUUAAUUCUGUCAAAGAAUUAGCAAAUCAAAGAAAAUCAAGAGUCAGUGAACUGGCAGGGAAUCUUGGAGCGCGAAGGGUGAGUGUUGCCUCCGAUCCUGGGCGCAGGGUUCAGCACAGUAUGCUGAGUCCUUUCCCAAGUCCUUUCCAGAGCCCAUUUCGCAGCCCUAUGCGCAGUCCUUUCCGCAGCCCUUUCAAGAACUUUGGACACCCUGGAGGGAGGACAAUAGACUUUGACUGUGAUGAUGAUGAAAUGAAUCUGAAUUGCUUCAUACUGAUGUUUGAUCUCAUCCUGAAACAGAUGGAACUCCAAGAUGAUGGCAUCACCUUGGGUUUGGAGAACAGUCUCUCGAAGGAUAUAAUUUCCAUCAUAAACAAUGUGUUUCAGGCACCGUGGGGUGGCUCUCAUACCUGCCAGAAAGAUGAAAAAGUAGUGGAAUGUAACCUGUGCCAGUCUAGCAUUCUCUGUUACCAGUUGGCUUGUGAGCUGCUAGAGCGACUUGCUCCAAAAGAAGAAAUCAGGCUAGUGGAGCCCACAGACAACCUUGAGGAUAGUCUUCUGUAUACUAGACCUGAGUUUAUCAUAGGAACUGAAGGUGAAGAGGAAGAUAAAUCUGCAACAAAACAUGGAGAAAACCCAGGAAAUCAUACAGAGACAACAGAAAAUGCAGCAGCAAUAAAAAAUGACACUGAAAGAAAAUUCUGUUACCAGCAACUUCCAGUUACCUUGAAGCUCAUAUACACUAUAUUGCAGGAAAUGGCUAGAUUUGAAGAGCCAGACAUUCUUUUUAACAUGCUGAACUGUCUGAAGAUUCUCUGUCUUCAUGGGGAGUGUUUGUACAUUGCAAGAAAGGACCAUCCACAGUUCUUAGCUUACAUUCAAGAUCAUAUGUUGAUUGCAAGUUUAUGGAGAGUAGUGAAGUCGGAUUUCUCUCAGCUUUCUUCAUUAGCUGUCCCACUCCUUCUACAUGCCCUGUCACUUCCUCAUGGAGCUGAUAUUUUCUGGACAAUCAUAAACAACAAUUUUAAUAGCAAAGAUUGGAAGAUAAGGUUUGAAGCAGUAGAGAAAGUGGCUGUAUUGUGCAGGUUUCUGGAUAUUCACUCAGUGACAAAAAAUCACCUGCUGAAAUAUUCUUUGGCUCAUGCAUUCUGCUGCUUUUUGACUGCCGUGGAAGAUGUCAACCCAGCAGUGGCUACUAGAGCUGGGCUAUUACUUGACACCAUAAAGAGGCCAGCUUUGCAGGGCUUGUGCCUUUGUCUUGAUUUCCAGUUUGAUACAGUUGUCAAAGACAGACCCACAAUUCUCAGCAAGCUUUUGCUCCUUCAUUUUCUCAAGCAAGACAUUCCGGCUUUAAGCUGGGAGUUCUUCGUGAAUCGCUUUGAGACACUCUCUCUAGAAGCACAGCUUCACCUGGACUGCAACAAAGAAUUCCCUUUUCCAACAACUAUCACUGCUGUCCGGACAAAUGUCGCCAACCUCAGUGAUACAGCUAUGUGGAAAAUCAAGAGGGCUCGUUUUGCACGUAAUCGUCAGAAGAGCGUGCGUUCCCUGAGGGACAGUGUGAAGGGACCUGGGGAAUCAAAGAGAGCACUCUCCCUUCCAGAAACCUUAACCACCAAAAUCCCUGCGAGGUUGACGAGGCAUGAGCAGUCUGCUCCAGCACUUGGUGGAACACCAGAACAAACGCCAGGGCAACCAUCUCCAGAGAAUGACAAUAUAAUAAAGGAUCUUCUUCCAGAGGAUGCAGGGAUUGAUCAUCAGACGGUCCACCAGCUGAUUACUGUGCUAAUGAAGUUUAUGGCCAAAGAUGAGAGUAGUGCUGAGUCAGAUAUCAGCAGUGCCAAAGCCUUCAACACAGUGAAGCGCCAUCUGUAUGUCUUGCUCGGCUACGAUCAACAAGAAGGAUGUUUCAUGAUUGCACCUCAGAAAAUGCGUAUUUCAACUUGUUUUAAUGCAUUUAUUGCUGGAAUAGCACAAGUGAUGGACUAUAACAUUAACCUGGGAAAACAUCUCCUUCCAUUAGUGGUUCAGGUGCUGAAGUAUUGCACUUGUCCUCAACUCAGACAUUACUUCCAGCAGCCUCCCCGCUGCUCCCUCUGGUCUGUCAAACCGCACAUUCGGCAGAUGUGGUUAAAGGCAUUGCUUGUCAUUCUUUACAAGUAUCCCUACAGAGACUGUGAUAUCAGCAAGGUUGUGCUGCAUCUGAUCCACAUUACAGUCAACACACUGAAUGCCCAGUACCACAGCUGCAAACCGCAUGCCACUGCCGGUCCUUUGUACAGUGACAACAGUAAUAUAAGCCGAUACAGUGAAAAAGAAAAAGCAGAGGAGGAUAGUGUCUUUGAUGAAUCUGAUAUUCAUGAUACCCCAACUGGACCCUGCAAUAAAGAAUCUCAAACGUUCUUUGCAAGACUGAAAAGAAUUGGUGGCAGCAAAAUGGUGAAAUAUCAACCAGUUGAGAUGAAUGCCCAGAGAAGUGAAAUAGAACUGGCUGAAUAUAGAGAAACGGGGGCAUUACAAGACAGCAUUCUACAUUGUGUGAGAGAAGAAAGCAUUCAGAAAAAAAAACUGCGCUCUCUAAAACAAAAAUCUCUUGAUAUAGGGAAUGCAGACUCCCUGUUGUUUACAUUAGAUGAACAUCGUAGGAAGUCCUGCAUAGACCGAUGUGACUUAGAUAAACCACCUGCCUCUGCUGCUUACACCACGCAUAGACAAAAUGAUUAUGGACGGCCUAGACAGAAUUCUUCUACCAGGACUGAAUAUACAGAGACACAAGAGAAUCCAUCUGUCAUGGAAAGCUUCCAGGAAAUGAGGAGACCUGUAAUACCAGAAGUUAGGCUAAAUUGCAUGGAAACAUAUGAAGUAAAAGUGGAUUCUCCAGUGAAACUUCCUGUUCCUAAAGAGGAUUUAGAUCUGAUAGAUUUGUCCUCUGACUCAACAUCAGGGCCUGACAAGCAUUCAAUCCUUUCCACUUCAGACAGUGACUCUCUAGUCUUUGAACCUCUUCCUCCGUUGAGAAUAGUGGAGAGUGAUGAUGAAGAAGAAGAAACAACAAACCAAUUAAAUGAUGAUGUCUCUGGCAAAACUGCUGUGUCGUCUCCCUCAUCUCCCAUCAGUGCCUCUGCACUCAGCCUCAGUGCAGCCUGCCUCGUGCAAUUCAGCAUUGAGGAUUGCUCCAAAGACUUUACAUCUAAGGAUGCGAACAAUAAUGGUUCAUUAGGAAAAAAGGAAAUCCCCUCCACAGCUCCCAAAGAUCAAAAAGACUGUGAAGAGUUAGCUAAGCCAGAGGAGCUUCAAGAUGUAUCCUGCGGGAGCCCACUAACACUUAAGCAAAAGCGAGACCUAUUGCAAAAAUCAUUUGCACUUCCUGAGAUGUCCCUUGAUGAUAACUCUGAGCUUAGUGUGGAAGAAAUUAAAUAUACUGGACCAGUUCCAAGUUCAAAUAUAAAAACUGUCCUUAUUAAGGUUCCUGAAGACUCUGAAAACCAAACAGAAACUGAUAAGCUCGAUGCCUACACAGAAUCUGAUACGGAACAAAAUACUGAACUGAAACAGGAGGAAGAAGCUGAGGAGUCAGAAUUUAAGAUUCAGAUUGUUCCCAGGCAGAGAAAACAGAGAAAGAUAGCUGUGAGUGCUAUACAGAGGGAAUACCUUGACAUUUCCUUCAAUGUUCUAGACAAGUUGGGAGAACAGAAAGAGACAGACGCCACUGCUAAAGGACUUUCAACUCUGGAAAUGCCAAGAGAAUCAUCUUCCGCUCCUACACUUGAAGCAGGUGUGCCAGAGACAAGUAGUCACUCUUCCAUAUCCACUCAGUUCAGACAGAUGAAAAGGGGCUCCUUGGGAGCUCUGACAAUGAAUCAGCUAAUGAAGAGACAGCUGGAACACCAAUCUAGUGCACCCCAUAAUAUCAGCACUUGGGAUACUGAACAGAUACAGCAUGGGAAGCGGCCGUGCAAUGUCUCAGUUUGUCUAAACCCUGACCUGGAGGGACCACCACUCAGAAUAAGAGGUGCCACCAAAUCCAGCUUGCUAUCAGCACCCAGUAUAGUCAGUAUGUUUGUACCAGCACCAGAAGAAUUUACCGAUGAUCAACCUACUAUGAUGACUGACAAAUGCCAUGAUUGUGGGGCUGUCCUCGAAGAGUAUGAUGAAGAAACACUGGGUCUGGCCAUAGUUGUUCUCUCCACAUUUAUUCACCUUAGCCCAGAUUUGGCCGCUCCGUUAUUGCUGGACAUCAUGCAGUCUGUGGGAAGGUUGGCAUCAAGUACCUGUUUUUCUAAUCAAGCAGAAAGCAUGAUGAUCCCUGGUAAUGCUGCCGGUGUGGCUAAGCAAUUCCUCCGUUGCAUUUUCCAUCAGCUGGCUCCCAAUGGUAUAUUUCCACAGCUCUUCCAGAGCAAUAUCAAAGAUGGAAGUUUUUUACGGACCCUGGCUACAUCUCUUAUGGACUUCAGUGAGCUGAGCUCCAUAGCUGCACUGAGCCAACUACUAGAGGGAUUAAACAACAAAAAAAACUUGCCAGCUGGGGGCGCAAUGCUACGUUGUUUGGAAAACAUUGCUACAUUUAUGGAAGCUUUGCCAAUGGAUUCUCCUAGUAACCUCUGGACCACUAUUAGUAACCAGUUUCAGACUUUCUUUACCAAACUGCCUUUUGUUUUGCCACUUAAGUGUUCUUUAGACUCCAGUUUAAGAAUAAUGAUUUGCCUGUUGAAGAUAUCUACCACUAGUGCCACCAGGAGUCUUCUUGAGCCAUUUUCAAAAUUACUAAGCUUUGUCAUUCAGAAUGCUGUCUUCACGCUGGCCUACCUGGUGGAACUGUGUGGCUUAUGCUACCGAGCCUUCACUAAGGAAAGAGAUAAGUUCUACUUGUCUCGUAGUGUCAUCUUAGAGUUACUGCAAGCACUGAAGCUAAAGUCACCCUUACCAGAUACAAACCUGCUGCUGUUGGUACAGUUUGUUUGUGCAGAUGCUGGAACAAAACUAGCUGAGUCAACAAUCUUGCAUAAACAGAUGAUUUCAUCUAUGCCUGGAUGUGGAACAGCAGCAAUGGAGUGCAUGAGACAGUACGUGAAUGAAGUGCUGGAUUUUAUUGCUGAUAUGCAUACCUUAACCAAAUUAAAGAGUCACAUGAAGACAUGUUCCCAGCCACUGCAUGAAGACACAUUUGGCGGCCAUCUCAAAGUUGGUUUAGCUCAGAUUGCAGCUAUGGAAAUUACACGUGGAAAUCACAGAGAUAAUAAAGCUGUGAUCCGUUACUUGCCAUGGCUAUACCAUCCUCCUUCUGCAAUGCAACAGGGGCCCAAAGAAUUUAUCGAAUGUGUAUCUCAUAUUCGUUUACUCUCCUGGCUCCUUCUGGGGUCUCUGACACACAAUGUCGUCUGUCCGAAUUCUCCAUCAUCUUGUAUGCCAAUUCCUCUGGAUGCUGGGUCCCACAUUGCAGACCACCUUAUUGUUAUCCUGAUUGGAUUUCCAGAACAAUCAAAGACAUCAGUGCUGCACAUGUGUUCCCUCUUCCAUGCAUUUAUAUUUGCUCAGCUCUGGACAGUGUAUUGUGAACAAACAGCUGUAGCCCCUACGGUCCAAAAUCAAAAUGAGUUUAGCUUUACAGCCAUCCUCACAGCUCUGGAGUUCUGGAGCCGAGUGACACCUAGUAUCCUACAGCUUAUGGCACAUAACAAAGUGAUGGUGGAAAUGGUGUGCCUGCAUGUGAUUAGUUUAAUGGAGGCUUUACAAGAAUGCAAUUCCACUAUCUUUGUCAAACUAAUACCCAUGUGGCUGCCAAUGAUACAGUCAAACCUAAAGCAUUUAUCUGCUGGACUCCAACUACGCCUUCAAGCCAUUCAGAAUAACGUGAACCACCAGAGCCUAAGGAGAUUACAGGGUUCAGGACAAAUGAACAACAGCUCAUCCGUACUCCGCAAAUGGCUCCAAUGUACCCAGUUUAAAAUGGCUCAGGUGGAAAUUCAGUCAUCUGAAGCUGCAUCUCAGUUUUAUCCUCUAUAAAUUAUUAUAAAUUUUUACUUUUGGUCUAGCAAUAAUAGGUUAAAGCUAUAAGAGAACAGCUGAUUUUUGUAUAUAUUAGUACUAUAAUCUAUGCUUUUUUAGCUUAGGACAAUUGUGAAAACGUUUGGGCGGGGCAAAGCUAAGAGCUUGAUCCUGCCAAUCCGUAAUCACACAUGUAAAUUACUGCUCACAUGAGCAGGCCCAGUUAUGUAAUUGAGAUUGCUCUCAAGAAUGUUUGCAUGGCUGGGCUCCAUCUUUCAUGAUAAACAUAUCUCUCAUCAUUGAACCUGAUUCUGAAAUGGUUCUUUAUAUUAUUUUUGAAACAAAACAAAUCACUUUUCUUUAAUUAUAUUUUUUUUAAACUAGUGCAUAUUCACCAGUGCGUGAAAGUGCUGUUGGAUGAUAACACACAAACACAAAAAAAGUGGUGGUGGUGAUUUGGGUUCCUUGCUAGAGCUUUUUCUUUAAACUCACAGUUGGCAAUGCAAUAAAACUUGUCACUGUAAAACAGUGAUGUUAAAUGAGGUUUUUUUGUCAGUAUGUUCUGGAAAAACAGCCGUAUUUGAAGAGCAUUAUUAUAAAGCACACUUAGAAAAGAGGUUGUUAAACUGUGCCAGUUCGUUUGUCUUUUUGUUUAAUGUUUACCACAUCUAUCAAGAAUGGCUUUAUUUUUGGGGAGAAAAAAGCCUUUUCACUUCAUUGAUUUAGUGCUGUAUUUUCCUGUAAGCUUCAUGGGAACCACUUUAGUUUUUUGAAUAUUGUAUUUUAGUCUUUUGUCAAUAUUUGUAUAAGCCCAAGUAAAAAUGUACAGCCCAAUUCUGCUCUCUCUCAUGUCUAAGGAAGUUUUACCGUUAAGAGUUCAUUAGGAGCAGGUUUGGUCCUGAACUUUUGCAUAACGAUGAUAACAAAUUAUAGCUAUGGCAUAAUGUUGCAUAGAAAGUUUGUUGAAUAUCAAAUGAAUUUUAACAAGAUUAAGGGACUGAUUCUCAAAGCCUAUUGAAGUCAAUGGAAAGACUUUCAUUGACUUCAAUGGGUUUUGGUGAAUUCCUAAAAAGACCAGGAUUUAUCACUUCAUGUAACUAAUAUUUAACACUGUUGAUUCAUAAAUGAUCUCUCAUAUUUAUUACUGUAAUGCACUGACUAGAAGAAUAAAUAUACAUUUAAGCUGUAUAUUAAAAUCCUAUUAAAAACAUACCCUUUACUACUACUCUCU